AUGGUUUCCCUGCAAGGGGCACUGUCCCCAAGAGAGAGGAGGGCGUGCCCCACCAGCAGGCCCGGCGCCAGCCCCACGUCGUCGAGGAAGCGGAAGUGGGAAGAGGGAGAAGGAGAAGGAGAAGGUCUCCCCAAGGAGUUGAAGCUCUGGAACGACGGCGGCGGCGACAGCGGAUCCGCCGCCGUCGCCUCCUCCGAUGUCGACCUACACCUCGAUACCCCGCUGCCGCCAGAGUGGCAGCGCUGCCUCGACAUCCAGGUCUGGAAGAGAGAAACUCCCCCCUCCGACCAAUUUAUCUCCAAACUUCCCGAUUUAAUAAAAAAGAUUAUUCGAUUGUUCUGAUAUUCUUGAAAUGAAUUUCAGUCUGGUAAGAUACACUUCUACAACACGAGGACGCAGAGGAGAACCUCGAGGGACCCUCGCCGGAGUGCCGCCGAUGAACCACCGCCGGUGAGCCUCGAUCUCGAGCUUAACCUCACCUGCGAGACCUCCCCCCCGAGCUGCCCCAGCGGCGGCGGCGUAUGGGUCAACAAACGGCCGGAGAAAGGCCCUGCAGCCGCCGGCGCCGCCCACUGCAAGGCGCCGUCGUGGGCAUCCCUCGACACCGGCGCCGGCGAGAUGGUGGCUGCGGUCUGUGGCCGGUGCCAUAUGCUGGUUAUGAUGAGCAGGUUGUCCCCUUCCUGCCCCAACUGCAAGUUCUCGCAUCUACCGGAGGAUAUGCCGCCGUCGGCGCUGCUCAAGCCCGAGGCGAGAGCCCUCGUGCUUUGA